CCAUUCCGUUCCGGCCGGUGCUUCGGCCACCAUUUUUACACCUCCGCAGCUUGAACAAGCGAAGCGAGCGUGAAUGGCCGACGACGACGCCCAAGUCCAGUGCGAUAAUCCGCAAGCAUCGCCUCGGUUCCUCACGAUGUCCUCGUAAAAUCAGUGAGAGCAGACAUUCCAGCCAGACUGAGCAAGCCCAGGAGUAAAAAGGCGAGAAACCUUACUGUGAUAACCCAAAGCAGCCAAGAUGUAUCUGUACAACUUGACUCUACAGCGUGCCACUGGCAUCACCCAUGCCGUGCAUGGAAACUUCUCCGGCACCAAGAUGCAGGAGAUUCUGGUCUCCAGAGGCAAGUCCCUGGAGCUUCUCAGGCCGGAUCCAAACACUGGCAAGGUCCAUACCAUGCUAACUGUGGAGGUCUUUGGCAUCAUCAGAUCUCUCAUGGCCUUCAGGCUCACCGGUGGAACCAAAGACUACAUAGUGGUUGGAUCUGAUUCUGGGCGAAUUGUCAUUCUGGAGUAUGUUCCAGCUAAGAAUGUCUUUGAAAAGGUUCACCAAGAGACCUUUGGCAAGAGUGGAUGCAGGAGAAUUGUUCCUGGACAGUAUUUGGCCAUUGAUCCUAAAGGGCGUGCUGUUAUGAUUGGGGCCAUAGAGAAGCAGAAAUUAGUCUACAUUUUAAACAGAGAUCCAGAAGCACGUUUGACUAUCUCCUCACCGCUCGAAGCCCACAAAAGUAACACUCUUGUUUAUCACAUGGUGGGUGUAGAUGUGGGUUUCGAAAAUCCUAUGUUUGCUUGCCUGGAAAUCGAUUAUGAAGAAGCCGAUACUGACCCCACGGGAGAAGCGGCGAUAAAGACGCAGCAGACCCUGACGUUCUACGAAUUGGAUUUGGGUCUGAAUCACGUCGUGCGUAAAUACAGUGAACCACUGGAAGAGCACGCCAACUUCCUGGUUUCCGUUCCGGGAGGUAACGAUGGACCCAGCGGUGUACUUAUCUGCUCUGAGAAUUAUCUAACUUACAAGAACUUGGGAGAUCAACCCGACAUUCGUUGUCCCAUUCCGAGACGCAGGAACGAUCUCGAUGAUCCCGAGCGUGGCAUGAUCUUUGUCUGCUCAGCCACUCAUAAGACCAAGAGCAUGUUUUUCUUCUUGGCUCAGACUGAGCAGGGUGAUAUUUUCAAAAUCACGCUGGAAACAGACGAGGAUGUUGUUACAGAGAUUAAGCUCAAGUAUUUUGAUACCGUUCCCGUAGCCAACAGCAUGUGCGUUCUUAAAACUGGUUUUCUCUUUGUAGCUUCUGAAUUUGGCAAUCACUACCUGUACCAAAUCGCUCACUUGGGCGAUGACGACGACGAACCAGAGUUCAGCUCUGCAAUGCCUCUGGAAGAGGGUGACACUUUCUUCUUUGCACCAAGACCGUUAAGAAAUCUCGUUCUUGUUGACGAAAUGGACAGUCUUUCACCCAUCAUGGCCUGUCAGGUUGCCGAUUUGGCCAACGAAGACACGCCUCAGCUGUACAUAGCCUGUGGACGCGGACCCCGAUCUACGCUACGUGUACUACGUCACGGUCUGGAGGUGUCUGAAAUGGCCGUGAGCGAACUGCCCGGCAACCCAAAUGCCGUGUGGACAGUGAAAAGACGAAUUGACGAGGAAUUCGACGCUUAUAUCAUAGUAUCCUUCGUCAAUGCUACUCUGGUUCUCAGCAUUGGUGAGACCGUCGAGGAAGUCACGGAUUCCGGCUUCCUUGGCACGACGCCCACACUCAGCUGUUCGGCCUUGGGAGAAGAUGCCCUCGUUCAGGUAUAUCCCGAUGGCAUUCGUCAUAUCCGAGCUGACAAACGUGUAAACGAGUGGAAGGCACCGGGUAAGAAAACUAUCAUCAAGUGCGCCGUAAAUCAGCGGCAGGUCGUCAUCGCCCUCACCGGUGGAGAACUCGUCUAUUUCGAAAUGGACCCUACUGGUCAAUUGAACGAGUACACGGAACGUAAAAAGAUGCCAUCUGAGGUAAUGUGCAUGGCGCUGGGCAACGUGGCGGCAGGCGAACAACGUUCUUGGUUUUUGGCUGUAGGUUUACAAGACAACACAGUCCGUAUAAUCUCUCUAGAUCCGUCUGAUUGCCUUGCGCCUAGGAGUAUGCAAGCGUUGCCAGCCGCAGCAGAAAGUUUAUGCAUAGUAGAAAUGGGAAUCAAAGACGACACCAGCGAGGACAGCAACCAGAUGCAGUCGACCCUGCAUCUCAAUAUCGGUCUGCAAAACGGAGUAUUGCUGAGGACGGUCCUCGAUCCAAUAUCGGGAGACCUGUCGGACACGCGAACGCGAUACCUUGGAUCGCGACCCGUCAAGCUUUUCCGCAUCAGAAUGCAGGGCAACCAAGCUGUCCUUGCCAUGAGCAGUCGAUCUUGGUUAUCUUAUUAUUAUCAAAAUCGAUUCCACCUUACGCCGUUAUCGUAUGAAAGUCUCGAAUUCGCAUCUGGAUUCAGCUCCGAGCAGUGUCCUGAGGGUAUCGUAGCCAUCUCUACAAAUACCUUGAGAAUUUUGGCGCUGGAAAAACUCGGUGCGGUCUUCAAUCAAGUCAGUUUUCCUUUCGAGUACACGCCACGUAAGUUUGUAAUCCACAACGAAUCAGCCCACGUAUUGCUCAUCGAGACCGAGCAUAACGCCUAUACCGAGGAAACGAAACAGCAGCGUCGCUUGCAAAUGGCCGAAGAGAUGCAGGAAGCGGCUGGUUCCGAUGAGGCUGCGGUAGCGCGUGAACUUGCCGAAGCUUUUCUGUCAGAAGAGCCGAACGAGCAGGUCUUCGGUGCUCCGAGAGCCGGACCCGGACUCUGGGCCUCGCUAAUUAGAGUCAUGGCGCCUACUACUGGUACAACUUUCCAAGUCCACAGGCUAGAGCAGAAUUUGGCUGCGCUAUGCUUGGCGCUUGUGAAAUUCGCGAACCAAGGAGACCAGCAAUUCUUGAUUGUUGGAGUAGCAAAGGAAUACCAGUUAAAUCCAAGGAUUAGCAAUGGUGGAUUCUUAUAUACCUACAAAGUGAGUUCCGACUGCACCAGCAUCGAAUUAAUGCACCGAACAACGCUCGAUGAAAUACCUCUAGCAAUCUGCCCGUAUCAAGGUCGUGUACUCGUUGGUGUAGGAAAAAUGUUACGGCUUUACGACAUGGGCAAGAAAAAACUACUGCGUAAGUGCGAGAAUAAGCACAUACCAAAUGCCGUAAUUUGUAUCAACGCCAUUGGUCAGCGAAUCUACGUAAGCGACGUACAAGAGUCCGUGUAUGCGGUCAGAUAUAAGAGACAAGAAAAUCAGCUCAUCGUUUUUGCUGACGAUACACAUCCUAGGUGGAUCACCACUACCUGUGUUUUAGAUUAUGACACCGUUGCAACGGCCGACAAGUUUGGAAAUAUCGCUGUGAUUCGACUCGCUAGUUCUAUCAACGAUGAUGUUGAUGAGGAUCCAACGGGCAACAAAGCUCUGUGGGACCGCGGACUACUAAACGGCGCCUCGCAAAAGGCUGAUACCGUGGCCUGUUUCCAUGUAGGUGAGACCGUAAUGUCACUGCAGAAAGCGACGUUGAUUCCCGGUGGCAGCGAAUCAUUGGUCUAUACGACGCUUAGUGGAACCGUAGGCGUGCUCGUGCCGUUCACCAGCCACGAAGACCAUGAUUUCUUUCAGCAUCUGGAGAUGCACAUGCGCGCUGAACACCCACCCCUCUGUGGUCGGGAUCAUUUGAGCUUCAGAAGUUAUUACUAUCCUGUCAAAAACGUCAUUGACGGCGAUCUUUGUGAACAGUUUAACAGUAUAGAGCCGGGAAAGCAAAAGAGCAUUUCUGGUGAUUUGGAAAGGACACCAUCAGAAGUAUCAAAGAAACUGGAAGAUAUUCGAACUAGAUACGCAUUCUAAUUCGAAGAUACAUGUGGAUUCUUCCAAGAGUUUGGAAUACUUUUCUUCUUUUCUGUUCUAAGUGAAUUUGUAAAUAGAUUUUUAUAUUACGAUUAUUGAUAACAUUGUAUUUAUUGUCAAAUAAAUUGCGUUUUUUUUUAAAUAACCUUUUUUUUCUAAAGUUUUAAGUUCACUACCAAAACUGUAGAUGUCGGAAAAAUAAAAUUAUUGAAUCUGAAAACAA